AUGGGUCCUAAGCGUAUUGAUAUGAAAAUUUCUGUUAAUGCAGUAAGCGCCUCUAUAGACGUUCCAACUUUCAACAAUGUUGUAAAAAAAGCCAAUAAACUUCCUGUUCAUGUCUCUCGAAAGCAAAUCAAUAAAAGUAAAUCACCUACUUCGUCUGUCAAAGUAGCCGCUGAAAACAUUAUUUCAAGCGAUCCAUUUGGUGACUCGGAAGAAGUUUUUGAGCAUAAUUUGCUACAAAGCAAAGACAAACGUGAACUUAAAAGGAGUCGUCGGCCAAAUUCUUCAAAUUACAUACAAAAGCGAUUUUUAUAUGAUGUUCCGGAGCCGCCUAAGAGAAUCCGGAAGAGGGUUGCCUUUGUUUCGAAACUACAUGGCUCCUCUGAUAAAUGCCGCAUACGGUCACCAAUUGGACAACCCGUGGAUUUAGUUGCUUCUAAUUUGUUCAAUAAACGUCGCCAGAGUCAAAUUACGGAUGAUACUGCCAUCGUUACUAACAAAUCAAAAUCUAAGGCGCGAGUUUCACAUUGUUUUGGUGGUUUUUACGGAAAAUUACCCCAUCGUAUCGAUGCAUCCUUGGAUGAAGAUCUCAACGGCGACGUUAAAAAUUGGGCGCCUGAUCGCUAUGAGGAAUUUCAACAGCCUUCUCCGCAUUCCGACCUACCUAAAGAAGAGGAUUCUAUUUUUCAUCUUGAUACACGGGUUGUUAAUUUGAUCCCUGGAUCCCGAGGUUCAAACAUGAGACAUCGACUGCAGGCGACACGUUUUGGACAUAAACCAAUCUCUAUGCAGAUUAGCAAUGAAUACGAAGGUAUUUUUAUACCUAUAUGGAAUUUUUACUUAAUUAUUAUUCAAUAUUUAGUAUUAUAUUAUUUUCAAUUUGGUCUCAUCGUUCUCUGA